AUGUACAAGCACGCGCUGACACUGUUCUCCCCAGGACUCUUGAUACUCACUCUCAUACGCGCCAUACAGGACUGGCGGACAAACACGAGCCGCAUGCACGUUGUCCUGGUGAACCACAACAUAUCCUAUUAUGCAUGUGAUUUUUUAAAUAUCUUCACAGCGAUCUUCCAGUUUUCAGGUCUUGAUUCUUGCAAUCCUCGCCACGCGCAUGCACCACCAUCUCUGGCGGGUGAAUCAACAUCCACAGGACACCAGUGGCGCCGUCGUUUCGAUGUCCAACAUCUCAUUUGCAAAUCCCACGGCGUGAUGUCGUAUCCUGUGUCUUAUUCGGUGCCGUUCAUGGAGCAGAUAUGGUGGUGGAGGGACUCAACAGGGAGUCAGGGCAUCCGACCCGCCCUACCGCUCAUGACAAUAUUCUACAACUGCAAGCAUCCCUAA